AUGUUCUCUAUCUCUUUCUGGGCCGUAACACUCGGCCUCGUCGCUUUCAAUGUCAACAAUCCUGUCAACGCUAUCAACAACGGCGUAGCGCGCUUGCCAAGUCACGUGGAAUGCCUACCAGGUACUCGAUCGCUUUUGAAUACAAAUGCCCUCGGCACCGACGCUAAUAAUGAACCUUCCGCAUAUUCACAGUGCAACAUCGAUGAAAAUCUGUUGUUGACGACCGCGAAACUCAUGAAGUCGUUGGGUCUCCAGGCGGCCGGCUACAAUUUUGUCAACAUAGACGACUGCUACGCUGAGAAAAACCGAACUGCCAGUGGUGAUAUUCAGGAAGGCAAGCUUUGCAUUGAGCAACCGUUCUCAGUGAUGUUCUGCCCUACUGAUUUCAAGGUUACUAUCAGACAAAGUUCGCUUCAAGAAUGGGAUGGUCAAGCUCAAUCAACAGAUCCAUGCUCUUGGAUUUACAGCGAUUCCGGAUGGUUCACAUGUGCAGGAUAUCCUGGAUCUUUCAUGAACGAAGUUCGAGAUGCUACUACCUUCGCCAAGUGGGGAUUUGACUAUUUGAAGUACGACAAUUGUGCUAUUCCUUACGACGACAUCAUUAAACAAGGCAUAGUCGGAAAGUAUCAACGCAUGGCCGAUGCUCUGGCCCAAGUUAGCAAGACUUUCAACAGGCCGUUUGUCUUCUCGUUGUGUGAAUGGGGCUGGACUACUGGAGACAUCGCUCCCCAGUGGAACUCUCUUGCCUCCAUUAUCAACUUCAACUCGUUCAUUACUCAAGCCACUGACUUCUAUGGCCGCAAUGAUCUGGACAUGCUUCAACUCGGGAAUGGCGGCUUGACUUUUGAAGAAUCAAAGUCGCACUUCACCGCGUGGGCAUUGAUGAAGUCGCCACUCCUCAUCGGGACCAACCUGUCGGCCAUCACACCUGAUAUUCUGGAAAUCUUAACCAACCGAGAGAUUCUCGCCAUUAAUCAAGAUCCUGUCGAAGGAACCAGUAUCUCUCCCUUCCGUUGGGGAAUCAACCCGGACUGGACAAGCAAUAGCACGCACCCAGCUCAAUAUUGGAGUGGACCUUCCGAAAACGGAACCGUGUUUAUGCUGCUCAACACGCUUGACACUCCAUCCACGAUGUUCUUCAACUUGACCGAAUCUCCUUUCAUUCGAGCAGGUCGCCAAUACUCCGUUAGGGACCUUUGGUCACACACCAACAACGGCACGGCUGUAAGAAACUUCACGGCAACGGAUGUACCACCUCACGGUGUUGUGGCUUUGUUGUUGAAAGACGCCGGCGACGAACCUGCGGGACUUUUCCCUGCCUGCAGCGUCUGGUGGCAAUGCACAGACAAGAACGGUACUCACGUUGGUGGAUAA